AUGGUGGCUCCGGAGCGAGCGAGCGAGGGAGCGAGCGCGCCUGCACGACGCCGUGCCGGGCCGGGCCGGGCCGGGCCGGGGCGGGCGAGCCGAGGAGCGAGGCCGAGCUCGGCGCGCGAGCGUGUGGGAGCCGGCGCGCCGGGGCGGGCGUGCUCGUGUGGGGAGGCGAGGCGAGGCGAGGCGACGCGAGGCGAGGCUAAACUAGGAGAGGGGCGGGGAGCGGCGAGGGGAGGAGUCUGCCCCCCCCCCCGCUCAGCGCACCCCCGACGCCGCCUCAGCCCCGGGGGGCGGGGAACGUCUGAGGAAACCAGCCGCGUCCGAGCAUCGCGCUCGGCUGGCGGUCACGGUCGGGCCCGCGAGGAGCUCGGAAUCGCCGCCGCGGCUGGAGGCAUCGGGCUGACAGGGACGCCGCCGCCGGCCCUUCCUCCUACUCCGCCCUCCCGGGGACGCUCGCAGCCUCCGCGCACUUGGAGGCGCGGAAGAGGCCGGCAGGCUCGGGAAAGCCAAGGCGCUCCCUCGGCUUCUGGUAUUCGAAACGGGGCCUCGAAGUGCCCCGAGUUCCGCGCGGAGCCCACGCCACCGCCUCCGUCUGUGGCUCACUCCAAAUGGCACUCGAGUUGCCCCGCCCCCGGCCCCGCCUCCCGGCGCUCCGGACCCGGCAGCUGCCUCAGCACGAGCGUUCCUCAUUGGCUCCGCCGUCCUCCGCUCCCUGGCGUGUCAUUGGCUCCGGAGUAUGAAGGAGAGGGACGGUAG